AACUGUAUUGACUUAAAGUACGAAGGAACGAAGACAAAACGUACGCGCGUGGAUUGUAUGUAGAAUUUAAAGCCGGCAGCUUUUUGAUUAAAGAUCACGCAAGAAUUUGCUAAAUAUUACUGCUAAACAUUGUAAAUGGACUUAUAUUCUAUGUGAUACUCAUGGCAAUAUUGAGUUUUUGUGAUAAUCAAGGUUUUCUGUUAAAAGUGAGAGUGAAUUCACUAAAAACAUAAGACCCUUUUGGCAACGAAUUUGUGUGAAGUAUAAGUACAAGGAUUUAUAUAUUAAGAAAGGGACAUGGUUGGUAGAAUUUCAAGAACAUAAUAAUCAUUUUGAAGCCGCAAGGAAGGAUAAAGAAACUGGUCAGCCUAAAGCGGCAAUUGUAAAAUGGGGGAUCGGGGCGCGACGGGGGGCGCUUGGGGUGCGCGCGAUGAGGCCUCGUGGUGGCCUGGAAGCGCAGGGGAUCUACAGCAGCAGCAACAACAGCAACAACAACAAAUAAAUGAGGAAAUUGCACGAAGCACAGCUGCUGCAACGCAUCAGUUAUACACAUAUAAAAUGACUGGAGGUUUUCCAAAUAAUGGCGGUGAUAACUCUACAUCUAGUUACGAUUACCGCCUUGUAUCUGGCUCUAAUAACAGAGAAGAAUCUCCUCAGCAGUCUUGGUGGUAUGCAUCAGGAUCAGUUGAUUCUCACCAACAGGCGUCGUCUCCGGCGUCCCAGAACCAGUCAAGUCCAGAUCCGGAGCAAGGCACACAGCAGGCAAAUGGUAUUCAGAACCAUCAGUCGCAGGAGCAGAACCAGGCCAUACAACAGCAGGGCCAGAUACAGCAGCUCAUCCAACUGAACUUGAGGAAGGAGUUGCAGCAAGCACACACUUUGCAGCAAACCUUGCAACAGCAGCCGCAGCAAAAUCAACAGCAAACAUUGCAGCAGAUGCUGCAACAACAACAACAACAACAGCAGCAGCAGCAGCAACAACAACAGCAGCAGCAACAGCAUCAACAACAGCAGCAACAGCUGCAACAGAGUUUACAGCAGACAUUGAGCCAAGCUCAAGCGCAGGCCCUUGUACAAGCGCAAGCUGUGUUGCAGCAACAAGUUGCCCAGACAUUGCAGCAACAGCAGCAAACACUGCAGGAUCACUUGCAGGCUGUACAGCAACAACAAAUACAGGCUGCAUUGCAACAACAAUCUGCAACAUUACAAGAACUGCAGCAGCAAGCCCAACAGCAACAGCAGGCGUUAAUAGCGCAGUCCGCGAACAAGACCGCCGCGAAAAUGCCGCGCGCACGCGCGUACAACAAGCCGCGCGGUCGCAUGACCGCGUACGCCUUCUUCGUGCAAACCUGUCGCGAGGAACAUAAGAAGAAGCACCCUGAUGAGAAUGUUGUGUUCGCUGCCUUCUCAAAGAAGUGUGCCGAGCGAUGGAAUACGAUGUCAGAAAAGGAGAAGCAGAGGUUCCACGAGAUGGCAGAGGGGGACAAGAGGCGGUACGACCUGGAGAUGCAGAGCUACGUACCGCCGAAGGACGUGAAGAUCGGCCGCGGGCGCCGCCGCCAGCAGUACAAGGACCCCAACGCGCCGAAGCGAUCGCUGUCGGCGUUCUUCUGGUUCUGCAACGACGAGCGCUCGAAGGUGAAGGCGAACAACCCCGAGUACUCGAUGGGCGACAUCGCCAAGGAGCUCGGCCGGCGCUGGGCCGCCGCCGAACCCGAGACCAAGUCCAAGUACGAGGCGCUCUCCGAGCAGGACAAGGCGAGAUAUGACAGGGAGAUGACAGCGUACAAAAAGGGGCCACUAGGUUUAGUCCAGGCGCCCCCGCAGGAGGUCGAGGACGUCGGGGACUUCGAGGCCGACGAGGAGUACAAGUGAAGUGUUAGUGACUAGUUGUAUCGUACCGAACUGUUCCUUUGCGUAUGGUACUGUAUGUCGGCCCGGCGCGCUCGCAGCGCAGGAACUUUACAAGUCAUAUCAUUUCCACGAGUAUUAUAUUGUUUACUAUAUCUUUUUAUACUCGAUUCGUAAAUUUUCUCUUUCACAGUUACACAGUCACAAUCAGUUUUCACAGUCUUAGGAAGACUUUCGUUGAUGGCUAGUAUAAUCGUAAUCAAAUACCCUCCUAUAACAAUAAUAUUAAAAAAAAAACUAUGGUUAAAAAUUAACACGACACUUUCGUUAAGGUGUGACUUUUAUGACCUGAAUAAAAUUAAAUAUUAGUUUAACUGGACCAUAGUUGUUGGUCUAACUUGCUUUUAUUACUGUACCUAUGUCUAAGAAUCGUUUGGAUGCUGGAUACAUGUCAUCUGGCAAAAUGAAUGUCAUUGUAAAAGUUCUGCGUUGCGGCAACUUGCGAGCGAACGCUCAGGGCUUUAUUGUUUGAUUUUGGCAGAAUACUCGUGUGGUACCUGUACUGGUUACAGGAUGCCAGUAUUAAUUCACCAUUAGGCUAAUACUGAAUGGCUAUGCGUCCAGGUCAUUUAAGUGUCUUGACAUCGGAGCAAAAAUUGAUAAAGGACUGUCUCAUUUCAAACAUAGACAGAGAGAAUCAUACUAUCUUUGUCUUACACUAGUACUAGCACCCAAAAGAAAAGGAUGAGUAUAGUUUUGUUAGUUCUUAUUUGCUGACAGUUUGGUUUGACCAACUAUAGCCAUCGUGGAGUAUAGUUUUGCAAAAGGUGAGAUGUCAACAAAACGUAGUGCUUAUACUCAAAACUUUUUCUUUCACCAAGUUAGGCCUUUUCCUGACUUAGCAUCCAGGAAUCGAAAUCAGAAAAGUCAGGCAAGCGCCUUACGUUGUCUCCUCCUAGUUAUAAAAUAUAAAUACUUAUAUUCCUUAAGAUGGUGGGGUUAGAUUCUUAAAUUUUACAUCAACUUCGGAUCACAGCCUAAUAAGAAUUAGAAGAGAUUGUACCCAGUUUUGGUCAAAAUUUCUUGCAAUACAACAAUACUGGUGCGUUCAAUACAAGUACUGUAAUGUUUAACACAAACAGUAAUUAAAUAGUUUUUUUGUGUUAGUUACUGCACUUACGCAAUGUACUUUCGAAUGUAAUGUAAUUUUUGCUCCGAUUUGAAGAGACUUUUUGUGAGAUGUAAAUUUAUAGGUACGGUAAAUAAAUCUAUGUGAUAAGGCAGCAUAUUGUGUGACACGGAAGUUUUCAUGUUAAUUAUUCUAGCUUUUGUUCCAAAUCAAUUUCAUAGACAGUGUACAAAUGACAGUAAAUUAUAUUGACUUCUCUAUAGGUCUACUUACUUACCUAGGUGGUUGUUUAGAAGUUUUUAUGAACUAUGGACUGGUUGAAGGAUUGCCUGCGUGCGGCUGGUUUGUAUUAUAUUAAGUAAAUUCAUUACUUUGACUAGAUUUAGCCUCUAAACUAAGCUGCCAACCAGAAAAGCACUGCAUAACUACUUUACCAAACACCUGAGUUAUGUGGUAGACAGUCUGGUAACAGUGUUCGGCAAAAUAACCGAAAAUGCCAUUAAAAUCUACAGCCAAUUACCGGAUAGUUAAUAUGUCCACGCAAUUAAGACGGUGGAUGACAUAUGUGCCUAUUACUUACCUGGAUGUAUAGUUAAUAUGAAUCUAUGGUUUUAUACUUCAAAGGUUGACCCGGUUUGCCUUCAAACUUUUAUACAUUACUCGAAUAUUUUUAUACAAUCACAUGUCACUGUGGUCAUGGUCAUAAAUCAAGAUUGAUUUCUAUGUUUCUUAUAAUGAUUUAUAUUAUAUCCAACUCCCACUUUCUGGUAGAGUAGAGGUCUACCCUAUGUAGGUACCUUGCCCACGGGGCCAAAUUAUCUAAACUCACGCACUUGUCAAGUUCGUGUUCACAUAUUUUUGUCCCUUUGUACGUAUCGGUACUUUUUACCUUGACUGUACAUUGGAGUUUCAUUGAAAUUAUUAGCAAUCUUACUAUUAAUAGCUUACUUAAGAUACUUGUGCUAGCGUUAUUAAUGAUCAUGACCACAUUCUAGAGAAAGUCAUUGUUGUGUAGAGAAUACAAACCAAUCAAAUCAAUUUGAAAGGUUAUUUGGAAAAUAGUUACACGUAAGAAAUUGUUUGAUCUGUUGGAAAAAUCUACAUUAAUUUAAAUCGUUUAUUAUAGUGAUUAAAUGGUUAUAAUACGUUGUGUUUACGUGAUAUUUCUGUCUCUUAUAAAACAUGUACUGCUGAGAGGUUUGGUUUAUUCAUAUCGGUAAAUAAAAGAAUGACCUAUCACCGGUCAAUCGAUUUUAUCAACGUCAUCUAAUGUUAGGAGGAGUUAGUAUUACAAUGCACUUUAUUGUCUUACUGAAGCGAAAUACCCUGCGUCCAAAUCUACUAGUUUCCCAAAGGCCAGGAGGCCGAUUCGAAAGUACUUUUGGUAUCUAAAUUAUGUACUUUUCUUUUUUUUUAUGAAGUAGAUACGUCUGCGAGCGUUACUCCAAAUUUUUAAAUUAAAGGAAAAAUAAAUAUUUGAUGUACUUUUGUUAUCAUUCGCGCGUGCAUUUCGCUCGCACUUGUCAACACGCGAUGAUCUCGAAAUGUAAGUGUAUUGAAUUAGCCUCCAUGUUUCUGCGUAUCUGUAUCUGUAUUUCAUCGUUGAUAUCGGUUUUCGCCGUCAUUGCCUCCAUUACGUCCAAUAAUUCUCUUGUUCUUGGUAUUUUGUAUUUAGUUAAUUUAUCACCUAAUAGUGCCAUUAUACUGUAUUUGAUGAAUAUAAAACAUUUUGUUAUUAGAAUUUGCUAUAGUAACUACAUAAUAAAUAAAUUUUAUUGUAAUGAGUAACAUAACAACAAAAAUAAAAGUUUUUUGAGUUCAUAAACAGUAUUAGUUUAGCAAACGUAACGCGAAAAUAUAUAGGCACGGUAACAAACGGAAGUUUACUCUAGUAAAUUCUGAAUAACUUGUCCUGUCGCUUAUGUUAGCGCAACAUGGGUUGGCUUUGUUACCCUAAUUUCGCCUAAACCUUUCAGAUUGGGAUGUGGGUCAGAUUUUGGGAUUAUAAAAGUAAAUUUUCCGAUAGAUUUUAAGAAUGAAAACCCAUCACGGCCGUUGAAUCCUUCAUCAAUAUGCACAGUGCAAUCAUUGAAGACAUAAUUUUCUUUAAGUAUAGGUACCGAUACCAGUGCGUUGUUAUUAGAACCUUUAGUGUCAAUAAGUUAUUUGGAGUUUGGUAUGAGCCCUUUCCAUUGUUUUUGAUAUGAGUUAAUUGUUGAUUUUAUGUUAACGUUAAAUUAAAGGUCAAAUUGGAAGGUGUGGCCUUAUAUUUGCGAGCGUCAAGGCAGAACUUUAUUGUAUAGUGCCAGGAACAAAUGUUUGAAUUAAGUAAAAAAGAAUUAAUUACCUUUGUAAGUUGAUAGUUGUAUCGUAUCGGGACGCGGGUGACUGCGGACAUGUGUGAGAAUAAAAUGUAAAUAAUUAAAUUAUAUUCCUUUAUUAUACACUUAGAUAUAUUAUUUCUACUAGAACCUGAUAUUCUGGAGAGUGAAAAGGAAAAUUAUUUUAUGUUCGCAAACAUGUUCCAAGUAUUAAAAUUGUGAAAAUAGAGACUGUGUAUACCGUGAUAGUACUUAAUUUAUAUUGUUGAAGUCUCGAGUUACGCUAGAUCGUCCUGUUUUCGCUUGUAUACCAGAUUAGUUCCAACUUGAACACUGUGAACAUGUAUUGUUUAAAAAAUCUACAUUGUUGGAAAAUUCCUGGUUCCGUUGAGAUGUAUCUAUUGUGAGAUAUCACUCUCACUACGUAUAAACUUGAAAUCUCCAAUAGAUAACAUUUGGAUGGAACGUGGAAUUAGACCCCAGAGAGAGUAACAGUGGGAAGUAAGUGCAGAAAUGUAUGGAGCAGUAUGUUGUUUUGAGGCGACGCCGCUUGGCACGAUUGUGCCUUGGCUCAUAAAUAAUAGGGAUUCACUUAUGAAAUUAUUAAUUAAUUCAGAAAUGAAUUUCUCGUCCCUAAUUUAUACGAAAAUGAUACCAAACUUGACCUGAUAGCCAUAGGUAGGUAGAAAUCAAGAGCGAACUGGACCGCUGCAGCCGCCACUCCCUUUUUAGGGGGUAUCCAAGAGUUAAUCUCGUGGCUAGGGCAUUAGAUCAGCUUGGUAGUUUAUACGAUCCAAGGAGCAAUCGUGCCAAGCGAGAUCGCCUGAGACAAAAGUGCAUACCUACUCAAUUACUCACUGCAUUUACUUCCCCUACUAUUUAAGCAAUUCCAGACUAACUAUUUGUAAGAGUCCUGUGUGUAAACCCGUGGGCGAUAUUGUUUUGAAUAUCGUACAAUGUACAAAACAAUAUAGUUUAACUUUUACACGA